AUGACGACAAAUGUCGCGACUAAUGGCGUGACAAUGUCCGAAUCGAAUUACGAAAGACGAAUAGACAUUUUUUCUCGGAGUAAUUUUCCGGGCAAGGCCACUGUGUUCCCUAGAAAACCUCGUGCUCUGUCGUUUCUACUCUUGUGUACGCACUGCAGUCAACGCACAAUGGUCUAUGAUAUAAGUUGGAUUAUUCCUAAAUUAAGAAGACCUACAAGUCUAUGGAAUUUUGCUAGUACUAUCACCUAUGCUGCAGUAGGGAUAGUUUCUAAGAUCAUAAUAACAUGGCUGAAUAAAACAACAGUUUACAAUAGACACAUACUAGAAAAGGCAUUGGAUCACAGACCAAGCAAUGUACCACUCAUUACAGUCUCCAACCACCACAGCUGCUUUGAUGAUCCUGGGAUAUGGGGAACUUUGAGCUUCAAACACUUGUUGAAUAGAAGAAAAAUGAGAUGGUCAUUAGCAGCACAUGACAUUUGUUUUACGAAUGUUUGGCAUUCGUAUUUUUUUAUGAUGGGAAAAUGUAUACCAGUAGUAAGGGGCAAUGGAGUUUAUCAAGAGGCGGUUAAUUUUUGUUUGGAAAAAUUAGGCUGUGGAGAGUGGGUUCAUGUUUUUCCUGAGGGUAAAGUGAAUAUGUUGAAAGAGAAUUUAAGAUUAAAGUGGGGAAUAGGACGGUUAAUUUUUGAAUCACCAGUUUUACCUAUCGUCCUUCCAAUUUAUCACCUGGGAAUGGACGAUGUAUUACCUAAUGAACCACCAUAUGUGAUUCAAAUGUUCAAAAAAGUGACUGUAAAUUAUGGUGAACCAAUAGACUUCAGUGAAAUAGUAUCGCAGUUAAAAAAAUCAAAUGCUAGUGCUGAAGAAAUAAGGAAAACAAUCACAGAUCGAAUUGAUGCUGAACUCGCCAAACUGAAAGGAGCAACUGAGAAGUUACACAUUAAACUUUGACACAAAAUCGGCGAUUAAUGCCAUAACCCCGUUUAGCAUUCAAUUUCAAUUAAUCUCGUAUAACUUAAAUGACAAGGCCAUCCAUAAAAAUAAGCGAAUGAUUUUCAUAUAAGUCAAUAUAUGCAUCUUUAUAAUCUUUUUUCUGAUGCCGUAGUAUUAUUUGAUAUCAAACGGAGGAAAAAAGAUAAAACUUCAACGCACUCUAAGCUUUAGGAUAUAAGAUAUGAGCAUAUCAAUCUUUCGCUUAUUAUAUUUGUAAAUAAUAAUAAUCUGUGUAUAUUUGAACUAUUAAAAAUGUUAAAUAUCACACAAAAAAA